CGCCGAGACAUCCGGAUAACGAUUUUGACAUGGCCGCCAUGGUCACUAGAGAAUUCCGUCUGAAGAUGGCGCGGUUGGUCGAUCGGAUCACGGCCAAGGAACUGGUCGAGAUCCUCAAGAAUCCCGAAGCGAAAAGCGCCGUGCGCAUUGUGGACGUUCGCGACGUUGACUUUGCCGGUGGGCACAUUCGAGGGGCCAUCAACGUCCCAGAAGAACACUUUCAUGACGACGACGAAGUCGACAACUUUGUCGAGGAGAUGAAGUCUGUGCCCACCGUCAUCUUUCACUGCAUGAUGAGGUCCGCCGCCAUCUGCCCCGCAUGGAAUUUUAACGUUUGAUAUCGUAUAGCCAAGUCCGUGGUCCAUUUUGCGCUGGCCGAUUUCAAUCGCGCAUGAAUGUCGUCCUCGAAGACGCCGCUGUCAAGCCCAAGGUGCUCGUCUUGACGGGUGGGUUCCAGCUCUUCCGACAGAACUACAGCCACGACGACGAGUUGGUCGAAGGGGUGCCGAAGGAAGAAGACUAGGUUAGGACCCGACGGCAUAAGACUGCCACGUUGGUCGGCUGUGCUGAUCCUUGGUAAUGUAGUCUAUGAGAAAUCCCGGUGCAAUGCACGGUAUUCCUAGCCCUUGCCACCGCUUCACUGCUUGAUCCAUCUUCUUUGCUUCGCCCACAAGCACCAUCGUGUCUUUGUCCUGCAUUCCAUUCCAACACGUGUCCAUCAUCAUGAUCCAUCCACAUGGUACGUACGAAUUUCGACGUGUCGUCUACGACCGUUCCACCUGCCGCUUGAAUGAUUCGCCUGCACAUGUCUGCCGGCGGCGUCAUUGAGUCAGCGUCAUGCAAGCCAAAUUUUCUCCGGUAAAAUGCGCCUUUCGACCGCCCCG